AUGGAACUCUACCGGAUAUCACGCAUCAUCUCAAAGAAGUCCAUGGACUCAGGUUUGACUCGCCUGUCACCACCGGGACUGCUUUUUGCUGGAUCGACUAUUUCAGCUCAGUCGGUCACGUUUGUUGCUGCAAUGCUCAGUCCACUAGAAGUGUACCUUAACGGAACCUUCCAUCCGCUGAA